AUGACGACUUGGGAUGAUUUGCCAGGCGAAAUGAAAAACAAAGUUCUCAAAUACUUGAAUCAAGAAGAACGGUAAGAUUCGAAAAAUAGACGAAAAAAUUAUGAGCAUUUUUAACAGAUUUGAACUCGCAAAAUGUUCGCUCGGAUUUCUUAGAGAUGUUUUUUCCCAAGAAAAAAUUCUCGAAAGAUUGUCGAUUGAAAUGGCGAUAACUUAUAAAGGCGAAGUGAUCUUAUUGUCAAUAAACCGUGAUAUUGAAGUCACAUUCCAGCAGAUUGGGGAUAAAUGCGAAAUCGAAUAUCGUGGCCAUUUUUUUGAGGAAAUUGUUGGAGACAGUGUGAAAAUUGCUGACGAGAUUUUCCGGGAAAUUCAUGCAAGAAAAAAUAGAAUAAAAAACUAUGUUAUUACGGCAAGACUUGUACCUUCACUUUUUAUGCAAGGUUAGAGCAUACAGGGUGACCAGAAAUUAUCCGGAUGACAUUUCAGGUGAAGACUCGAAUAACAAAAGCCAUAAUGAUGAAUCUUCGAGUAGUCAGUGAGUUAUUGUUAUAGUUAUUCCAUUCUUUGAAAUUUACUUUUCAUUCAUUUUAGAGAAUCUCUCAAAAUUAUGACUGGCUGGAAUGAUUUACCAGAUAGAAUCAAGUUUCAAAUUUUUGAGUAUUUGAAUACAGAACAACGGUAAUAUUGAUAUAGAAAAUACAUAGAUUUAAAAAAAAAAACAUUUUUUGCAGAUUGAAAUUCGCUAAAUGUUCUCAUCGGUGUUUUGAAGAAGUGCUACGCGUAGAGAAAAACAUUGAAAGAUUGGAACUCAAUACUGUCGGCACACUUCUUGUCUUAUCAAUAAAUCGUGAUUUCAAAGUGACAUUCAAGCAAGUUGGGGAUGUUUGCGAAAUUCAACAUCGUGAUGAAUUCAUAUCGAAGAAAAUCGGGAAAAGUGAAAAUAUAUGA